AUGCCAUCGGAGAUCAGCACCGUUGUUCAAGAACCACCACUAAAGAGACAAAGAGCAGAACAUGUUUACCCUACGCAGUCGAGAACCAUUUCUAUUUUAAAUAUAGCCAAUAAGCAGCAUCCUUUAAAUGUCAAGCCGAGCGGUAACUCGCUUCUUUCAUCCACGGCGGAACUUUACCAAAGAAGAAAAGAUCUACUAGGUAAACUUUCAGUUUUGCCUAAUGAAAUCAUCUUGUUCAUAAUAAGCCACGUUAGCGACAUCGGGAGCCUUCUAUCGUUGUCACAUACGUCUCGAAUCCUAUAUGCGUUCCUCUAUGAUGACGAAAAUUGGAAACGAAUAUACGUUUCCAAUAUUGGGCAGUUUGAAAAGAAGCCGUGGCUCGGUUCAUGGAGAAACACAAUCUUGGCUAUACCGCAAGAACACGAUGCCAAGUUGCAGUUGGAAAACAACCUCUUGUGCUGCGAUGAGCUAUAUCGACCUUACCAGUGCUCGCAAGUCGACUACGUCAAAAUAUUUCUGAAAAUAUUAAAGGAGGAAGAGAUGUAUCAUCGCGACUCCUUGCUUGGUCAGUUGGGCAAACUACCAAAGGGAAGAAUAGCGAGGAUAUCGGAGCAAAGUUUCGGUGCCACCGGCGAUGACAAUGACCAAUUCAACACAAAGUACCACGAUGUUCCCUUUAUUCUCACCGACAAUGACCCAAACAGGUGGCCCCAAUGGACUUUUACCUCUUUAUUCGAGAGAUUCCCCCACGUUAAAUUCAGACAAGAAGCCGUGAGCUGGGACUUGCAGAGAUACGGGCAGUAUCUCAAGCAGAAUCGAGAUGAAAACCCAUUGUACUUGUUUGACUGCAACAGCGACGCCAUGAAACAACUAAGACAAGAAUAUACCCCGCCCCAUAUUUUCCAAGAAGAUUUAUUCCAACUUUUCCAAACGGCGCAUUUCAACUGCCGACCCGACCACGCGUGGCUUAUAAUGGGAUCAGCUCGCUCGGGUUCGACGUUCCAUAAAGACCCCAACUCCACCUCGGCGUGGAACGUAGCGAUCCAGGGACGCAAACUCUGGAUCAUGCUCCCUCCCGAUGUGCAGCCACCGGGAGUCUCAACCGACGACGAAGAAAGCGAAGUCACUUCCCCCGUGGGCAUUGCAGAAUGGGUCAUUUCCGGCUUCUUUAACGAUGCAGUCAAGAUUGACCAAGUGCAGAUUGGAGUCACCUUCCCUGGCGAGUGCAUGUAUGUCCCUGCUGGCUGGUGGCAUAGCGUCAUCAAUAUCGACGACUCGAUCGCCAUUACUCAAAAUUUCGUGCCGCGGUCCAAAUUGCCCCAUGUGCUCAACUUCUUCAAGAAUAAGCCACUGCAAAUUAGUGGGUUCAGAAUCAAGGAGAUUAAGCAGUGCCUCGAUGUGUUGAUUCAAUCCAGCAACGACGAGUCCUUGGUUGACUAUGCUGCAAAAUUGAGACAAUUGGCUGAUGUUAUCGAAGACGAAGCCAGGGCCGGGGCUGAGGCUGGGGCAGGUGCAAGGGUCAUUGAUGAUGAUGAAGAUUGUGGUGAAAUUGAAAAAUUGCCUCGCUUGCCCAUAUUUGAAAUCUUUCGACAACUUUUAAUUGCCGCUGGAAAGGAAGAUUUGGUAGGUGAGGCAAUGUCACUUGUUGCCAAAUGGGAAUUGAAGGAGCAUCAACUUGAAACUGGCAAGAGCAAAAAAUGGGAGGAUUUGACUCUGGUUGAAAAGUGUACGGGUUCGACUUUUGCGUUUGAUUUCAACGAAAGUGACUCGGAUUAG